GGCAGAGGAGGGGAGGGAGGAAAGUUGGUUCCCCCGACGUCAGCGCGGGCGGGCCGGGUGGCCACGGAGCCGGGAGGCGGCCGGAGCCGGGCAGAGUGCGGGGCGGCGGGGCGCGCAGGCUGCGACCCCGCCGGCGACCCGGCCGGCGACCUCGGGGCGGCUCGCGGGCAUGGACAGCGCGGCCGCCGCCUUCGCCGUGGACAAGCCGGCGCUGGGCCCGGGACCGCCGCCGCCCUCCGCCCUGGGGCCCGGCGACUGCGCCCAGGCGCGCAAGAACUUCACGGUGAGCCACCUCCUGGACCUGGAGGAGGUGGCCGCGGCCGGGCGGCUGGCGGCGCGUCCCGCGGGGGCCGAGACGCGGGAGGGCGCGGCGCGGGAACCGUCCGGGGGCAGCAGCGGCAGCGAGGCGGCGCCGCAGGACGGUGAGUGUCCCAGUCCUGGGCGCGGGAGCGCCACCAAGCGGAAGAAGAAGCAGCGGCGGAACCGCACCACGUUCAACAGCAGUCAACUGCAGGCGCUGGAGCGCGUGUUCGAGCGCACGCACUACCCCGACGCCUUCGUGCGCGAGGAGCUGGCGCGGCGCGUCAACCUCAGCGAGGCGCGUGUCCAGGUCUGGUUCCAGAACCGCCGGGCCAAGUUCCGCCGCAACGAGCGGGCCAUGCUGGCCAACCGCUCUGCCUCCCUGCUCAAGUCCUACAGCCAGGAGGCCGCCAUCGAGCAGCCCGUGGCCCCCCGGCCCACCGCCCUGAGCCCAGACUAUCUCUCCUGGACGGCCUCGUCCCCCUACAGUACGGUGCCACCCUACAGCCCUGGAGGCUCCAGCCCGGCAACCCCAGGGGUCAACAUGGCCAACAGCAUCGCCAGCCUCCGCCUCAAGGCCAAGGAGUUCAGCCUGCACCACAGCCAAGUGCCCACCGUGAACUGACCACCCGCCCUGUCGGGACCCGGCUGCCUCCCCGGUCUAAGGCGACAGAAAAGAGGGCAGACACGCAGGAAAGUGACCCUCCCCUGUCCCUGUCCCCAGGAGGGGCGGGGGCGGGGGCCGGGGCUCUCCCGGCCCCUCCCUCCAGCCCAGGGUCCCGGGACGGAGAGGCUGCUCAGAUGCCCGAGGCCCGG